CCGAGGGAGUUUGCAUAUUUGUUUCUUUUCACACUGGCCUUAAAGAGGAUAUUUUAGAAGUUGAAGUAGGAAGGGAGCCAGAGAGGCCGAUGGCGCAAAGGUACGACGAUCUACCCCACUACGGGGGCAUGGAUGGAGUAGGCAUCCCCUCCACGAUGUAUGGGGACCCGCAUGCAGCCAGGUCUAUGCAGCCGGUCCACCACCUGAACCACGGGCCUCCUCUGCACUCGCAUCAGUACCCGCACACAGCUCACACCAACGCCAUGGCCCCCAGCAUGGGCUCCUCGGUCAAUGACGCUUUAAAGAGAGAUAAAGAUGCCAUUUAUGGACACCCCCUCUUCCCUCUCUUAGCACUGAUUUUUGAGAAAUGUGAAUUAGCUACUUGCACCCCCCGCGAGCCGGGGGUGGCGGGCGGGGACGUCUGCUCGUCAGAGUCAUUCAAUGAAGAUAUAGCCGUGUUCGCCAAACAGAUUCGCGCAGAAAAACCUCUAUUUUCUUCUAAUCCAGAACUGGAUAACUUGAUGAUUCAAGCCAUACAAGUAUUAAGGUUUCAUCUGUUGGAAUUAGAGAAGGUACACGAAUUAUGUGACAAUUUCUGCCACCGGUAUAUUAGCUGUUUGAAAGGGAAAAUGCCUAUCGAUUUGGUGAUAGACGAUAGAGAAGGAGGAUCAAAAUCAGACAGUGAAGAUUUAACAAGAUCAGCAAAUCUAACAGACCAGCCGUCUUGGAGUAGAGAUCAUGAUGACACGGCAUCCACGCGCUCAGGAGGAACCCCAGGCCCUUCCAGCGGCGGCCACACUUCACACAGUGGGGAUAACAGCAGUGAGCAAGGUGAUGGCUUGGACAACAGUGUAGCUUCCCCCAGCACAGGUGACGAUGAUGACCCUGAUAAGGACAAAAAGCGUCACAAAAAGCGUGGCAUCUUUCCCAAAGUAGCCACCAAUAUCAUGAGGGCGUGGCUGUUCCAGCAUCUAACACACCCUUACCCUUCUGAAGAGCAAAAAAAGCAGUUGGCACAGGACACGGGACUCACUAUCCUUCAGGUGAACAACUGGUUUAUUAAUGCCCGGAGAAGAAUAGUGCAACCCAUGAUAGACCAGUCCAACCGAGCAGUCAGUCAAGGAACACCUUAUAACCCUGAUGGACAGCCAAUGGGAGGCUUUGUAAUGGAUGGUCAGCAGCACAUGGGCAUCAGAGCCCCAGGACCUAUGAGUGGAAUGGGCAUGAAUAUGGGCAUGGAGGGGCAGUGGCACUACAUGUAACCUUCAUCUAGUUAACCAAUCGAGACCAGGGGGAAGGCUGCAGAGUAUGCCAGGGGAGUAUGUAGCCCGGGGUGGUCCAAUAGGUGUGAGCAUGGGACAGCCAAGUUAUACCCAACCCCAGAUGCCCCCACAUCCUGCUCAGCUGCGUCAUGGGCCCCCCAUGCAUACGUACAUUCCUGGACACCCUCACCACCCAACAGUGAUGAUGCAUGGAGGACCGCCCCACCCUGGAAUGCCAAUGUCAGCAUCAAGCCCCACGAUUCUUAAUACAGGAGACCCAACUAUGAGUGGACAAGUCAUGGACAUUCAUGCUCAGUAGCUUAAGGGAAUAUGCAUUGUCUGCAAUGGUGACUGAUUUCAAAUCAUGUUUUUUCUGCAAUGACUGUGGAGUUCCAUUCUUGACAUCUACUUUGGACCAAGAAGCAUACUUAAUUCUUCAUAGGGACUCUUAAAAAGCAGGAAAACCAACUGAAGUCAAUUUGGGGGACAUGCUAAAUAACUAUAUAAGACAUUAAAAGAACAAAGAGUGAACUAUUGUAAAUGCUAUUAUACUGUUAUCCAUAUUACGUUGUUUCUUAUAGAUUUUUUAAAAAAAAAUGUGAAAUUUUUCCACACUAUGUGUGUUGUUUCCAUAGCUGUUCACUUCCUCCAGAAGCCUCCUUACAUUAAAAAGCCUUACAGUUAUCCUGCAAGGGGCAGGAAGGUCUGGUCUGCAGGAUUUUUAGAGCAUUAAAAUAACUAUCAGGCAGAAGAAUCUUCUCGCCUAGGAUUUCAGCCAUGUGCGCUCUCUCUUUCUCUCUUUUUUCCUCUCUCUCCCUCUCUCUAGCCUGGGGCUUGAAUUUGCAUGUCUAAUUCAUUUACUCACCAUAUUUGAAUUGGCCUGAACAGAUGUAAAUCGGGAAGGAUGGGAAAAACUGCAGUCAUCAACAAUGAUUAAUCAGCUGUUGCAGGCAGCGUCUUAAGGAGCCUGGUAGGAGGAGGCAUGGAAACCAAAAGGCCGUGUGUUUAGAAGCCUAAUUGUCACAUCAAGCAUCCUUGUCCCCAUGCGGCAACGACCACCACCUUGUACAUCACUUCCUGCUUCAUGCAGCUCAAAAACAUAGACUGAAGAUUUAUUUUUAAUAUGUUGACUUUAUUUCUCAGCAAAGCAUUGGUCAUGUGUGUAUUUUUCCAUAGUCCCACCUUGGAGCAUUUAUGUAGACAUUGUAAAUAAAUUUUGUGCAAAAAGGACUGGAAAAAUGAA